AUGCAUGUUCAGAGCAAGUACGAGAUGCAUUUCCCCUUCCUGCGUCUCCCGAGGGAGAUACAAGACAAGAUCAUCAAGUAUCUCCUGCCGGCCAUGAUCCUCCCAACGACCGAAAAACCUCGAUGGACCAAAGACAGAUGGGGCUUCCUGGGUACCUUGGAGCCAGUUGAGCACAACAACUGCGCCCAUCUUCGUGGUUCCUGCAGAUCAAUCAGGGCCAUCGUCGACAGAAUCCGGCCCAUCAAGUCAACCCGCGGCUUCCACUUCGACCCGAAGCGCGAUACCCUCAAAGUUUGGCAGAUGCAGCUCCCCGACUCAGACCCACAUGGCGAAGGGCACUGGGGUCGGUCGAUACCAGUUCGCAAGCUCCUCACAGUCUUCCCGUACGCAUUGAACCCGUAUAGCGACGUGUCAACAGGAGUGUCCGACCCAGCAUGGAACGAUGAGCACUUCGACACGGACCUCGACUUGUCGUUUUUGCCCAUGAUUGAGGAGAUGACCUUGGCCAUCCAGUCUGCCGGGUGGGAAUGGCACAUCGAGGGGUUCCAGAUGUAUGGACCAGAUGUUGUCGAGUCCAGAGGGCCCAAUGACAACUGGGGCCGCGGGGGGUAUGGACACCUCCGUCUACUAGCCGAAACCCAUUUCUUCGCUCAUACAAUCCGAGGCAGCACGGGGUACCGCUGGAAGGGAUGCGACGACGACUUUUUCGAUCCACUCGACAUACUCAGAAUGAAUUCCACUAGUCUUGCUAGGAACGCACCCUACAUCGGAUUCCAUGGAUACAGCCGGGGAACAUAUUCACUGGGAGGCAACUGGCCAGGCUUCCGCUACUACAUCGACACGGGGGAGGUCGAGUUCAGCCCUCUAUCCUUUUCCGAGAUCAGCUUCGCAACCGACCGACAAGACACACCUGACCGCGAACCUGUUGAUGGACGCGAUGCGCAACUAGUUUCGCGAGUGUGGGUUAUCCGUCGCGGGAGACCAGCUCCUCCUGUUGAGCCGCACCAUUGCUGGAUCAAGGUGAAGAAGUGGGAGAUGGGUGAUCCAGAUUGGGUUUGGCAAGUGGAAACAACUUGGAAGAUGGUCAGAGGGAUGCUCUCCUUCUACACCAAAAUUGACCGAGGUCAUGGUCUUGAUGUCAAGUACUACGAGAGCAUUGUUAGCUCUAAAAACUGGCAGCUGUAA